UCUCGCGCGCAACCGGCUUGACGCAUGCGCGCAAAUGACUUUUAAUCAAAUUAAAAAAAAAGUGAUAUUUUUUUAAUAAUUAGUGAAAAUGGCCAGUUUGAUGCUACACGUGACUGUUUUGUGUUUUGUUAAUUUGAUUUUGGAAGCGACGGAUGGGCUUGCGGUGCCAUCCCGGAAAACAUGCGUGAUUGGUGCAGGCUACGGCGGGCUUGCGUCUGCGCGGUACCUCAAACAAUAUGGCGUCGACUUCACUGUGUUUGAAGCGCAGCGGGGUCUUGGAGGCAACUGGAGGUUCCAGACUGAUUUGGAAGAGGAUGGUCUGCCGGAGUUCACGGGGAUCUACAAGCAAUUGAGGACAAACACACCUCGGCAGACGAUGGAAUUCGCUAACUGGUAUUUUCCUGACUCCACUCCGUCGUACCCUAGCGGUCCCUGCUUCUACAAAUACCUGAAGAAUUUCACCAAAGAGUUCGACCUCGAGAAACAUAUAGAGUUUCGAUCUCUAGUGACGUCAGUGAAGUGGGCGGGUACCCAGUGGGAGAUCGCAUACACGAAGACCGACACGAAGGAUAACGCAACUGCGGCGUGCGACUUCGUGAUACUAGCUACUGGACAUCUGGGCAAGCCGAAGAUACCCAAGUUUGAGGGCCAGGAUAGUUUUAAAGGAAACAUAAUGCACGUCCAAAAGUACAAAGACCCCGAGCCGUUCAGAAAUCGCAGGAUCCUCCUGAUUGGCGCUGGACCUUCAGGCUUAGAUCUGGCUACACAUCUGACCAAUCAGAGCGCGCGAUUGGUCCACAGCCACCAUUUGAAGUACAACCAGCCGUAUUUCGGGCCCAAUUAUGUGAAGAAGCCUGAUGUGAAGAUGUUCACUAGUAACGGGGUGGUGUUUGAGGAUGACAGUUUUGAAGAGAUUGACGAUGUGAUACUUUGCACAGGAUACGAGUUCGACUUCAGCAUUUUACAUGAGAGCUGUGGGCUCACAGUGUCCAGCAAAUUCGUGCUGCCGGUCUACCAACACAUGGUGAACAUCCGAAGACCCACUAUGGUGAUACUGGCGCUGCCGAAGCCGAUCAUCACCCGGGCUAUUGAUGUUCAGGCUGAUUAUGCAGCGUCGUUGGCAGCGGGUAAAUUCGAGCUGCCCUCACAGGAAACGAUGUUGAAAUCCUGGCUACAGCAUGUGUAUUCCCUGCAGACCAGAGGCAAGAAGAUCGUCGAUGUCAACUUCUUGGCUGAUCAGCAGGAUCAAUACUUCGCCAAUCUAACAGCUGAAGCAGGUAUCACCCGUGUGGCACCAGUAUUAACUACGAUGAGGGAUUUCAACGCCAAGAACCGUCUCGAAGACCUAUUAAACUACCGGGAUUACGACUGGCAAGUCAUCGAUGAUCAUAAAUAUGACAGGUUCUAUAAUCCGAGGAAUGAGACCUGUAGUAUUUUAGCCUGAUUAGUUUUGUAUAGUAGUUAAAAGUAGAAUAAGGAUAGAUCAGCUCUCUAAGCCAAUGUAGUUCUACACUAGUACACAGAAGGACGAAGAUGGGAAGUAGGGCCGGCACAGGACUUCAAUUUGUAUCUGCAGUUGGCGUGCAUUUUCAGUUCGGUUGCAGUCCAUCUGUAUCGGCUUGUAAUGACUGAAUGUGAGACGAGUGCUCGUAAAAAGCAACAUUUUCCAGCCAUCAGAGGGCGUUACAGCCGUAAACGUAGCUAGCAGUAGCACCUGUGGUGCAGGUGUCAUAACUAAUAAGUGAGGAGUGUCUUUUCAAAAGGACUUGUUUCUAUAAGUCAACA